AACCCCAGGUCGUAGUCCUCAACGAAGAAACCCGGCAAAGAAGAUGAAGAAAAGCCAAAAUAAAUAUCAGUUUUCUACAAUGUGGACUUUCGAAGACUUACAAAGUUCCAACCGAAAGAAAAAGAACAGAGAAGAAAAAAAAAGCUUCAAUUCUUCUCUGAAAUUUGAAAAAUCCUAUAUUGAAUGGAAGAUCCAAUGGAGAGUAUAGGAUCGGAGGAAGAAUCGGGAUUAGAAUCGACGAUCAAAGAAGAUCUUUGCAUGGAGAUCGAUCCUCCGUUCAAAGAGAACGUUGCUACCGCAGAGGAUUGGCGGAAGGCUCUCAAGAAAGUUGUUCCGGCUGUCGUCGUCCUCCGUACCACCGCCUGUCGUGCUUUUGAUACGGAGUCUGCCAGUGCUGGUUCUGCUACCGGUUUUGUUGUUGAUAAGCGAAGAGGAAUUAUACUCACGAAUCGGCAUGUCGUUAAACCUGGACCUGUUGUUGCCGAAGCAAUGUUUUUAAAUCGAGAAGAAAUUACUGUCCACCCGUUGUAUAGGGAUCCGGUUCAUGAUUUUGGCUUCUUUCAUUACAAUCCUAAUGCCAUUCAGUUUUUAGACUAUGAGGAGAUUCCACUUGCCCCAGAGGCUGCUUGUGUUGGGUUAGAAAUCAGGGUUGUUGGUAAUGAUAGUGGAGAGAAGGUUUCAAUAUUGGCUGGUACUAUUGCUCGUUUGGAUAGAGAUGCUCCUCAAUAUACAAAGGAUGGCUAUAAUGACUUCAACACUUUCUACCUUCAAGCAGCAUCUGGGACUAAAGGUGGUUCAAGUGGAUCCCCAGUGAUUGAUUGGCAAGGCAGAGCCGUGGCAUUGAAUGCUGGUGGCAAGACAACCACUGCAUCUGCCUUUUUUCUACCUCUAGAACGAGUGGUAAGGGCUUUACAAUUUUUCCAAAAAGGAGGAGAAUCGUACACGAGUAAGUGGGAAGUAGUUUCUAUACCACGCGGUACGCUUCAGGCUACUUUUCUCCAUAAGGGGUUUGACGAGAUACGUCGUCUUGGUCUCCAGAGUGAAACAGAGCAGAUGGCACGACAUGCAUCUGCACAAGGUGAAACUGGAAUGCUUGUUGUCGACUCUGUGGUGCCUGGUGGCCCUGCUCAUAACCAUUUGGAGCCAGGUGAUGUACUUGUUCGGGUAAAUAGGGAGGUUAUUACUCAAUUUCUGAGGUUGGAAACUUUACUUGAUGACAGUGUUGAGCAGAAUAUAGAGUUAGAAAUUGAAAGAGGUGGCACACCAUUGAGUGUGCAAUUAGUGGUUCAGGAUUUACACUCAAUAACUCCUGCUCACUUCUUAGAAGUAAGUGGUGCAGUAAUACAUCCCCUAUCUUAUCAGCAGGCUAGAAAUUUCCGUUUCCAAUGUGGUCUUGUAUAUGUCUCAGAACCAGGAUAUAUGUUAUCUAGAGCUGCAGUUCCUAGACAUGCCAUCAUUAAGAAGCUCGCUGGUGAGGAGAUAUCAAAACUUGAGGACCUAAUCUCUGUUCUAUCUAAGCUAUCUCAGGGUUCUCGGGUGCCUUUAGAAUAUAUAAGCUACACAGACCGUCAUCGGAGAAAGUUUGUCUUGGUCACGGUUGAUCGCCAUGAAUGGUAUGCACCUCCACAGAUAUACACUCGUGAUGACAGCUCAGGUUUAUGGACAGUAAAGCCUGCAUUUCAGCUGGAGUUUAUGCUCCCAUCUGGUGUUAAUGUUGAGGCUACUCACAUGGAACACAUACAUGAAGAUAACCACCAAGGGUUGACUGAUGGUGCUACUAGUAUGGAAACCAGUUCUGAACAUGCUUCUGCAGUAUUGCAUUCUCAGAAUGAAACGGGUACUGGAUCAAAAAUAAAGCGAGUUGAGGAGUAUAUGUCUUCUGAUGGAUUUGUUGCUGACUGUUCAUUAAAUACAACUGUUGAAGUUAUGUUGGAGGACUCAAUUGCCAAGGAAAAUGUUCUGUUAAGGAAUGGUCAAGGUGCAGCAGCAGUAGCUAAUGCUUCAAUUGCUGAACGAGUAAUCGAGCCUACUCUUGUAAUGCUUGAGGUUCAUGUGCCACCGUCAUGCAUGCUAGAUGGUGUCCAUUUGCAACAUUUUUCUGGAACUGGUGUCAUCAUAUAUCAUUCUCAUAGUAUGGGUUUGGUUGCUGUUGACAAGAAUACAGUUGCAGUUUCCGCAUCUGAUGUGAUGCUGUCCUUUGCUGCUUACCCGAUUGAAAUUCCAGGAGAGGUUGUUUUUCUUCAUCCUGUUCACAAUUUUGCUCUAGUUGCAUAUGACUCCUCGGUACUAGGGCCUGUUGGUGUGUCUGCCGUUCAAGCUGCAGAACUACUUCCUGACCCUGCAUUGCGUCGUGGAGAUUCUGUCUAUCUUGUGGGUUUAAAUAGAAGCUUACAAGCAACAUCUAGGAAAUCAGUUGUGACCAACCCAUGUGCUACUCUGAACAUUGGCUCUGCUGACUGUCCACGGUACAGAGCAACAAAUAUGGAAGUAGUUGAGCUUGAUACUGAUUUUGGUAGUGCAUUUUCAGGCGUGCUAACGGAUGAGCAUGGAAGGGUUAGAGCAAUCUGGGCAAGCUUUUCAACACAGGUUUCCACUCUGAACAAAAAAUAUAAAAAGAAAAGAAAAACAAAGCUGAAAGUUGGUUCCAAUACAUCAGAGGAUCAUCAUUUUGUGAGAGGUAUCCCAGUUUAUGCAGUAAGUCAGAUACUUCACAACAUAAUAUCUGGUGGCAAUGGACCGCAUCUUCUCAUAAACGGUGUCAAAAGGCCAAUGCCGCUCAUUAGGAUCUUAGAGGUUGAACUUUAUCGUACUCUGCUUUCAAAGGCCAGAAGCUUUGGACUUAGCGAUGAUUGGAUCCAAGCUCUAAUCAAGAAAGAUCCAGUUCGUCGUCAAGUUUUACGUGUUAAAGGUUGUUUGGCAGGAUCAAAAGCUGAAAACUUACUAGAACAAGGUGAUAUGGUUUUAGCAGUAAAUAAAGAGCCAGUUACUUGCUUUCGGGACAUAGAAAAUGUUUGUCAUGCAUUGGACGUUGGUGAAAGUGGUGGGGAGCUUAACAUGACCAUUUUUCGGCAGGGACGUGAACUUGAUCUUGUUGUGGGGACAGAUGUUAGGGAUGGGAAUGGCACAACACGGGUGAUUAAUUGGUGUGGGUGUAUUGUUCAGGAUCCUCAUCCUGCUGUGCGUGCUCUUGGAUUUCUUCCGGAAGAAGGGCAUGGUGUUUAUGUGGCACGGUGGUGUCGUGGUAGUCCUGUUCAUAGAUAUGGGUUAUAUGCUCUACAAUGGAUUGUUGAAGUUAAUGGAAAACCGACUCCUGAUUUGGAUGCUUUGGUUAAUGUGACAAAGGAAUUGGAACAUGGGGAGUUUGUUCGUGUAAGGACCAUCCAUUUGAACAGCAAGCCUCGAGUUCUAACAUUGAAGCAGGAUUUGCACUACUGGCCUACAUGGGAGCUGAGAUUUGAUCCAGAGACUGCAAUUUGGCAUCGACAGACUAUCAAGGCCUUAGAUUGUCAGAACUUAUGAAUUUGGCGUCUUUUUUUCAGUUUCCCAUCCUUUUUCAGGAAGGAACCAAUUAACUGAGUCGGAUAUAUUUUCCUGGUAUUGCUUGUGGUCAGUUGUUCCCAACCCAGUGCAGGGUUAAGCUUGGUUAGCAGAUUUGGACCCGACCCAGUGCACAGACCAUACGGUGAGUUGUGUUGUAUAGCUGAUUGGUUUUCUGAAUCUGACACUCCAAUUAAGACUAAGCAUUUAUAUAAUGUAUGAAAAAAAAUUAUGCUUGUUGUA